CGCCUAUUUUGUUUUUCUCUUUCCACUGCUCGUUCUCUCUUUUUCCUUGGGUUCCCAAUCCAAAUUCCCCGCAUGAGAAACACGCCCGAACCAAUCCUAUAAAGACAAUAAUGUGAAAAAGAAAAACACGAAAAAAUAUUCAGUCUCUUCAAACCCAAUUCCCAGUUUUUUCUCUUCUUCUUCCUCUUCUUCGGCAAUUCAAUUCCAACGCAAAAUCUCAGCCAUGCCUCUUCCAUGGAAGAAGACCAAAGUGACCCGAAUUUCAAGAAUCGUCGCCGAUCUCCAAUCCCCAAAACGCGGCGGCUCUCUUGUCGUCGAGACCGGCUUCCCCACUUCCCUCAUCGACCUCUUCGUCAAGAAUCGCGACCGCUUAAAGAAACCUUCCAUCAAAAAGAAGAAGAAAAAGAAGAAGACCAACCAAAACGACACCAACCAGCCCCAAAACGACAUCGACGAUUUUGUCACUUCCGAUCCAAUCACGGCGAAUUCGCACUCGAGUCUCGACGAUUCGCCGAUUUGUGUCGAACCCAUUUCCGAAGAGGCCGAGAAUUUGACUCCGAGCGAGUCGGUGGAGGAGGAAGAAGAGGAGACGGAGGUUGAGAGCGUGACCCAUGAAGAUCAGAACCGCGUUGUCCUUUUCUUGGCGGUGUUGAAGAUUUUCGCGGUUGUCGUUUUGGGUCUCAGCACCAAGAAGCUCACCGUUGGGAUCACAUUGUCUGCUUUCGUUCUCCUGUUUCUCGAAUACGUUGGUAAAAGAUUGAUUUGCCGCUUUCUCAAACUUUUUUGGUUUAAGAAAGAAGAAGAUGAAUUUGUUCAUGUGAAAGAGUCGAAAUCUUUGAUUGACGAAAUUGAGGUUGGCGAGGCUAAUAAUAAUAAUAACGAUGAUGAAAACCGUGAGGAGAUUUUUAGCGCAGGGCCUGACCUUGAGCUUCUUAGCCGGGACAAAAAGUGGGGAUUUGUUGAUACAAAAGAGGUCAUGGAAGAUGGAAAAGGUGACGUUUUGGUGGUGGAAAAGAGUAAGAGUUGUAGCAAAAGAGCCAAAAUAAGAGCCAAGAUUAUCAAAAACUUCGUGCCCAAGAAGUUGCGUAGCUCAAAGAGAGACAAAAAGCCGAAGUAUAGUCAAGAUGAAGAUAAUAAAGUCGAGAAAUUUGAAGAAGAGAAAGAAGAAGACCAACAAAGUGAAGAAGAAGAGAGAUUCGAGAAAAUUGAUGAUGGGAAUGAAUUGUCGGUGGUUGGUGAAGAACAAGUGGAAGAAGAAAGUAAAGGGAAUUGGGUUUGUUUAACUCUCUUUCUAAUUGUUCUUGUGGGAUUGUUUGGAGGUCGGAUUUUAGCCUUCCUAUUAACAAUAGCUUGGUGUUUUGUGUUUAAACUAAUUAGAAGUCUACGAAGAUCGUCUUUGGCAAUCUCAAGUUAACAGAAUUUCGGUGGGUUAAUUUUGUAAAGGGAAACCUUUUCUUUUUCUUUUUCUUUUUUUCUCACUUUGAUACUGAAUUGUUGGUUCUUUCGUUGUUCAAGUCUCAUAACUGUAUUAAGAAAGCGGUUACUGAAAACUCCAAAGUUCAACCUUUUCGUUGGGCAGAUGCAGAUUGAGGUGUUGUAAACCCAUAAAUUGUAAAUGUUGUACGAAUACAAAAUUAAAUAUAUAUUUCUUCUUUUUAGUAUAAUUGUUUUAUAUGGUGUUGUUUCAGGUUGUAAUUCAAA